AUGAAGAAGUUGGGUACUUUCACUAUUUCCUUUUGGCUCCUGAAGUUUUCUCUCAUCUUGUGCCAUUUAACUGAGCCCAUUUGUUUUUGGAGGAUAAAGAAUGAUGGAGAUUUGAGAAGUGACUGUAAUUAUUUCCUUUGGGCAUUCGAGGAAACAACAGGAAUCAGUUUUUAUGAUGAUGUUGAUUUGAGAAUACCUGCAAGAAGAAAUGAGUUUUUUCUGGUAUUGUUUUUUGCUGCUGAUGAAAUCAACAAGAAUCCUUAUCUUUUACCCAACAUAUCUCUGAUAUUCUGGCUUUUUGGUGAUCAGUGUGAAGAUGAAUUGGGAAUUCUGGAUAAAAAUUAUUCACAAAAACUCAAAAGUGUGGAAUUUACUAAUUUUAACUGUUUUUUAAAAGACAACUGUUACAUAGACCUUACAGGACCAUCGUGGAAAACAUCAUUAAAACUGUCAAUUCAGUCUAGGACACCAAAGCUUUUCUUUGGACCAUUUAAUCCUAAACUGAGUGACCAUGACCAGUUUCGCUAUAUCCAUCAGAUAGCCAUCAAGGACACACACUUGUCCCAUGCCAUGGUCACCUUGAUGAUUCAUUUUAGAUGGACUUGGAUAGGACUGGUCAUCUCAGAGAAUGACCAAGGUAUUCAGUUUCUAUCAGACUUGAGAGAAGAAAUGCAAAGACAUGGAAUCUGUUUAGCUUUUGUUAAUAUGAUCCCAGAAAACGUGCAGUUAUACAUGACAAGGGCUAUGAUAUAUGAUAAACAAAUUAUGGAAUCAACAGCAAAGGUUGUUAUCAUUUAUGGUGAAAUGAACUCUACCCUAGAAGUCAGCUUUAGAAGGUGGGAAGAUUUAGGUGUAAGGAGAAUCUGGAUCACAACCUCACAAUGGGAUGUCAUNACAAAUAAAAAUGAAUUUAGCCUUGAUUUCUUUCACGGGACUGUCACUUUUGAACACCACCACAGUGAGAUUGCUAAAUUUAAGAAUUUUAUGCAAACAAUGAACACCGACAAAUACCCAGUAAACCUUUCUCAGUCUAUANUGGGGUGGAAUUACUUUAAUUGUUCAACCUCAAUGAACAGCUAUAGCAAAAUGGAUCACUUUACAUUCAACAACAUAUCGGAAUGGACAGCACUGCACAAAUAUGACAUGGUCCUGAGUGAGGAAGACUACAAUUUGUAUAAUGCUGUGUAUGCUGUGGCCCACACCUACCAUGAACUCAUUCUUCAACAAGUAGAAUCUCAGCAAACAGAAGUACCCAAAGGAAUAUUCACUGACUGUCAGCAGGUUCCCUCCUCCAUGUGUAGUGUGACAUGUACUGCUGGAUUCAGGAAAAUUCAUCAGAAUGCAACAGCAGACUGCUGCUUUGAUUGUGAUCAGUGCCCAGAAAAUGAAGUUUCCAAUGAAACAGAUAUGGAACAGUGUGUGAGGUGUCCAGAUGAUAAGUAUGCCAACUUAGAGAAAACCCACUGCCUCCAAAGAGCUGUGUCAUUCCUGGCUUAUGAAGAUCCAUUGGGGAUGGCUCUAGGAUGCAUGGCCCUGUUCCUCUCUGCCCUCACAGUUCUAGUACUAGUCACUUUUGUGAAGUACAAGGAUACUCCCAUUGUGAAGGCCAAUAACCACAUUCUCAGCUACAUCCUGCUCAUCUCUCUAGUCUUCUGUUUUCUCUGCUCAUUGCUUUUCAUUGGACAUCCCAACCAGGCCACCUGCAUCCUGCAGCAGACCACAUUUGCAGUAUUUUUCACAGUGGCUAUUUCUACAGUGUUGGCUAAAACAAUAACUGUGCUCAUGGCUUUCAAGCUCACUACUCCAGGGCGAAGAAUGAGAGGGAUACUGGCAUCAGGGGCACCUAACUUGGUCAUUCCCAUUUGUACCCUUAUCCAACUUGUUCUCUGUGGAAUCUGGUUGGUAACAUCUCCUCCUUUUAUUGACAGAGAUACACAAUCUGAAUAUGGAAAGACCAUCAUUAUUUGCAACAAAGGCUCAGUCAUUGCCUUCCACUUUGUUCUGGGAUACUUGGGUGCCUUGGCUCUGGGGAGCUUCACGGUGGCUUUCUUAGCUAGGAACCUUCCUGACAGAUUCAAUGAAGCCAAAUUCCUAACAUUCAGCAUGCUGGUGUUCUACAGUGUCUGGAUCACCUUCCUCCCUGUCUACCACAGCACCAGGGGAACAGAUGGUUGUUGUGGAAGUUUUCUCCAUCUUGGCUUCUAG